AUGUUUACUGUACAAACAGCCUCCAAGCGAGCAGCUGUCUCGGUGUGCGCCUCCAGAGCGCGCAUCCACUCGCUGCUGCACAUUCCGACCUUGCUCCAGGUCGCAUCAAGGCAAAGAUCCUCGCCGGUAUUAGCAGCGCUGGACACCACGUCAUUUGCGGCCCACAUCUCCGACAAGCAGCCCUGGAUAGAGCGGCGAGGGUUCGGCACAAGCGCCAGCAAGGCUAAGGAAGAGACGGUCGCGUACAAGCUGGCGGACAUUGGUGAAGGCAUCACCGAGUGCGAGAUCAUUCAGUGGUUUGUCAAGCCCGGCGACAAGGUCUUCCAGUUCGACAAGAUCUGCGAGGUGGCCUCGGAUAAGGCCACUGUCGAGAUCACAUCGCGGUACGACGGCGUGAUCAAAAAGCUAUACUAUGCAGACAACGACAUUGCGCUGGUUGGCAAGCCCCUGGUGGACAUUGCGGUCGAGGCACCAGCGCUGGCCCAACAGCCCAAAGCCAAAGAGCCCGCGGUCAUAGAACUGGCGCCGGCGGUAAUGCCGAGCACUGCCGCCGCGCCACAGGACUUCUCGUGCGAGCGCACAAACGACGUGGUGUAUGCCACGCCGGCAGUGCGACGCAUUGCGCGCGAGGGCAGUGUGGACCUGCGCUUUGUUGCGGGCACAGGCAAGGGCGGGCGCAUUCUCAAGGACGACGUAUACCGCUUUGUCGAGAGCAGUAGAGAAAAGCCGGCUCCGGUCGAGCCGAUCGUAGUCGCAACGACGGUCGCAGCGCAGUCCAAGGCCAGCAGAUCGGACGCUGUGAGGCCAGGGAGUGGUGACCACAUUGUCAACCUGUCGCCAGUCCAGCGGGCAAUGUUCCGCAGCAUGACCGACUCGCUGAGCAUCCCGCACUUCCGGUUCAAGGACGAGAUCGAGAUCGACGCGCUGAUUCUGGCGCGGCAGCGCAUCAACAGCGCCCAGCAGCCGCAGGCCGACGCGGCCGCAGACAAAAUAACGCUGAUGCCAUUCUUUAUCAAGGCGACGUCGCUGGCGCUGGCGCAGUUCCCAAUCCUCAACUCGCGCGUGCUGGCCGAGCCCGGCGCCACGCCUCGGCUCGAAUACCGCGCCGCGCACAAUAUUGGUGUGGCGAUGGACACACCGAGCGGGCUGAUUGUGCCCAGCAUUAAGAACGUGCAGGACAAGUCGUUGCUGGAGAUCGCCGCCGAGCUGCGCGCGCUUGUGCUGCGUGGCAAGGCCGGGGCGCUCACCAGCAGCGACCUGCGCGGCGGCACGUUCACGCUGUCCAACGUCGGCAUGAUCGGGGGCACGUACCUCAGCCCCGUCGUCGUCAGCUCCGAGGUGUGCAUCUGUGCCAUCGGCCGCACCCAGCGCCUGCCGCGCUUCGACGGCAACAGCGACCGCGUCGUAGCCCGCAACGUGCUGGUGACGAGCUGGGCUGCUGACCACCGCGUCGUCGACGGCGCUACGAUGGCGCGCUUUUCCAUGCUGUACAAACAGCUGCUUGAGCAGCCGGAGCUGAUGCUGGCGCGGAUGCGGUGA